ACGCGGCGGCCAGACUCGGCAUGGAUAUUGUGGGCUUGCUCGCGAUAGGCGCUUUCGGCGCUAUGAUGUGUAUGUAAUGGAAGCUAUACUUGUCUUGUCUUGUCUUGUCAUGUCUUGCGCAGGAGUUGGUCUGGUUGGGUAUGGGUAUGCGGCGUAUUGGGUAGUCGGCCGGGCCUCGCAGGCAUUCAGGCGUUCGCGGAUUCGGCCUGCGGAAAACGGGUGGCGUUACAGCUCGACGACCAGCAGCGCUGCGUCGCGAAAAUGAUGAACGCGCGCAAAGGUGACGUAGCAUUUGUCCCUUGGACCCAGUUGCAGAUGUUGCAGCAACAAGACCAUCUCUUCUUGCUCACCUCCCAGCCAUCUCCCGAACCAACCCAGCAUCAACCCACCCCCUCGCAAAAUUCCGCCCACUCCCCAACAACACCGCCACCCACCACACCCUGCCCACCCACUUAUCAUACCACAUCUCGGAGUCCAGCCCCAACCUCUUCCUCCUCCCAACCACAGCCCUCCUGACGCCCUCCUCCACCAGCACCGCAAACCCAUUCUCAACGAAGAAAGUCGCCUCCCCUCUCGCCCUCACCCAGCUGCCAGCCAACACACUCCUCACACUAAAACUAUGCACCACCGCUGAACUCAAAAACCCGCCCACAAUCUUCCCGAAAUCCGCUCGCUCAUCGUCCCGUUUACCCGUAAGCUUCCUUUCGACCCACUCACCAGGCCAGACCCCAUACACGAGGAACAACCGUGCGAACAAGCGAUGCCACCCGUACGCCCAAAAGCGACGAACGGAGGUGAUACGCCAGAUCGGCGUUGUGUAGAGCGGCGGGAAAAAGGCAA